AUGUUAGAUACUUCGGAAAAAAAGAAGGUUCGUGGGCCCACAUUACUAAAAGAAAUUUGGAAGUUGCCUCCAGGGAAAACAAUCGCUGUGCAGUUCAAUAGUCGUAACCAAGCCAUUAAGAAAGAUGGUCGCAAGCUUGCGAGCUUUCUAGGAUUUGUUGCUAGAACUCCAGAACUAACGCCGUUACAUAUACAUGAUUGGAGAAGCUUUGACAAAGACGAAAAGAAGAAAUUGGUAGAGUUUGUGAGAAAGAAGUUUUCUAUACCAACCCGUGGAGAAGAGUUUGUCAUAAAGUCAAUAGGAAAGAAAUGGAAAGAUUACAAAUGUGAUUUAAAAAGUGUUUAUCUGACAAAAUUUAAGACCAAAGAUGUGUUGUUGAAGAAUAAACUGAAUCGUAUACCAAGGGAUCAGUGGACUGGUCUAGUUUCCUAUUGGGUUUCAGAAAAAGCUAAGAGGCGCAGCCAAACAAACAGAAACAAUAGGGCGAAGCAAAAGAUGCCACACACAGGAGGAUCAAAAAGUAUUGCCACCUUGAUGGAGAAGGCUGAAAAUGGGGUUGAGCCUACACGAGCAUAG